CUUCAGCUCAUUCUUAGGUGAGGACCAGUCGAGGUGAGCCUGUGUGCCGUUAGCGCUGGAUGUCGGGGAACCCUUUGUCUAUUCACGUGAGAAAAGAAGAGCCCUGAGAAGAAGAGCGACAGAUGGAGCUAAUGGGAUCCACCCUGACGGCGGAGUACACCCGACCCAAAACCAACCAAUUCUUCCCAGCCAUCUCCAACAUGGUGUCCUCCUACCGGAGCAACCAGCCUGUGCUGGCCAUGAACCCCAGUGCCAACCAACCCUGGAGGACUAACGCCUAUUACCGCACAGGCAGCGCUACCACCAUCCCCUCCCUCUCCUCCAUCCAGAGGGAGAACCUAGGCUUCGACCUGGUCCGGGCCAAGACCAUGUUCUACCCGUCAAACCGGUCAGCCAUGAUCACCCGCUACACCCCAGAUGACUGGUACAAGUCCAACCAGAGCAACUACCGUGAGUCGGAGUCAUCCAGGAACAGUGCGGAGCGGCUGAGGAGGGAUACCAUCAGGUUGAUGCAGGAUAAAGAGCAGCUGACCAGGAGGACCCAGGAGACCACCAGUAAAAACAUCGGGGAACGCCUCAACGACAUCAGCUUCUGGAGGUCAGAGUUGAACCAUGAGAUAGACAACAUGGUGAGCGAGAUCAUGGCCCUCACUGAGGUGAAGAGAAGGCUGGAGAGAGCCCUGCAGGAGACCGAGGGGCCUCUGCAGGUGUCCCAAGAAUGCCUGUAUCACAGAGAGAAGCGAAUGUCCAUUGAUCUGGUUCACGACAACGUGGAGAAAGAUCUCAUAAGGGAAGUGGAGACCAUUAAGUCAUGCCAGGAGAGGAUGAGGAGACAUCUAGACAAAGCCAUCGAUCAACUAGCGUCAAACCGAGCAGCUCAGCAUGAGCUGGAGAGAGACCUCAGUGACAAGGUGACAGCCCAGAGAAUAGAUAAUAGGUGUCACCAUCUCAGGAAUGCGUCAGACGGGAUCAACUACUACAGAGGGAUCGAGAGACUGGACCCAUCGCUCUCCCUGCCCGACUCGUGGUCUAAGUUCACGGAUGACAACAUCCUUCACUCCCAGAGCGAGCGGGCGGCUUCCCACAAGCUGCGUGAUGUUAUUGAGAUCCUGCUGAAUGCUACGUCCAACGAGAUGUGGAAACAUUUCAACACGGUCAACGUGGCCUUCACCAACCGCAUGUCAGAGACCGCCGACGCCAAGAACAGCCUGCAGACACACCUGGCUAAGACCCUCCAGGAAAUCUUCCAGACAGAGAUGCUGAUAGAGAGCCUAAAGAAGGCUCUGAGGGACAAGGAAUGCCCCCUGAAGGUGGCCCAGACCAGGCUGGAUGAGAGGACACGCAGGCCCAAUGUGGAGCUCUGCAGGGACAACCCACACCACAGACUGGUGGGAGAAGUGAGGGAGAUAGAGGACACCAUCCACAAGCUGCGUGAGAGACUGAUGGAGGCAGAGAACACCCUGCAGAAGCUGGUGAAGACCAAGGCUGCCCUGGAGCAUGACCUGUCUAUCAAGGCUAACUCCUUGUUCCUGGAUCAGGAGAAGUGCAUGGGCAUAAGGAAGAGCUUCCCCAGCACCCCACGCCUGGUGGGAUAUACCUAAAGCCAUCACAUACAGUGCAUUCGGCUUUUACAGCCUUAUUCUAAAAUUGAUUAAAUGGUUUUUCACUCA